GUAACUGAACUUGCGAUACCUUUGUUGUAGGAGUUUGUGCCUUUGUAUGUAACAUGUCUCAAGAUUUUUUGUUGGAACGACCUCUGUUUGGCGGCGCAAUUACUAGCACUUUCCCUCAGAGGCUCCAGGAUGUGAGCGAUAUUCGGCAAGUCCCUGAUCAUCAGGAGGUAUUUGUGGACCCGGCACGUGAUGAAAGCUUGAUGUUUGAGCUGUUAGAUUUCAAGCAUGCAGUUGCUGAUAGUGAAAGUGCUAAUUGGUUCCUUCAAGACCUUGCUACUGAGCAAGAUGCUGAAGGAUGUGCGCUGUUGGAGCAGUCAGGAGUGAUAGAGGCCCCUGGAUUGCCCUUUGGAAACAUCCCUGCUGUCUUUACAACAGCAGUUGGUCAAAUGGCCAUUUCUAAAGGAAGGCAAGGAAGGGAAGCACAAAAUAUUUUGAGGGUCUAUUUGGCAAAUUUACGUCUAAGGCUAGUUGGUACAGAUGUACUAGUAAUUGCUUAUGAGCCCACCGUGAUAAACCCUUUGAGUGAAAGUGCUAGCACAGUUGGUGCUGGUUUAGCUGUUCCUGCUGCACAAUGUGGAUUGAUGCCAGUGUCUGAGGUCUUUAAACUUGCAGUUUCUAGCUUCAAAGUAAAUGACUGGAGCCUUUUUGGUGAUGCUGCUUCUUGAGAUUUGAUUAAGAGGCAGCUGUGAAUUCACAAAUACAAGUGACCUGGUUUCUUUUCCGAGUUCUUAUUUUAAGAAAUUGUCCAAGGUAGGCUUAAUUCGUCACAUUACUCACUUUACAUGUAUUCUGAAUGUUGAGAUUAUAUUGUAUGGGAAUCGAGAACUAUUUGUAAUUUGCAUAUCUAGACUGUUGAAAAUUAGAAAGGUUGUUAACUAGUGAAGUAUAGAGAUUGUUCCUUGUAUGAAGUUGAGAAUGUAGGGAAGAUAUGGUUCAGAGAAAAUCAUUUCUUUGAAUGAAAGAUUUUUGAAAUGCUACAGAAGGGAAAGGUAAAUAUCUUUGGAAUCCAAGAAAGUUUUGGUUGCAGAAGACUUGUUUAUCUUACUUUUGCCAGCUUUAACAAAAGAAGAAGGUGCUUUCUGUUGGA